AUGUCUAACAUCCGGAAGAACAAGUUUUUUACAACCAUUUUCUCCUCCACCGCCGGCUGUGGCGGCUGUCAAAAGCCAAAACUCUCUGACAUCGUCCAACCUGACAAGAAACCCCCCACCACCAUCGUCAGACGCUCCUCUUCAAGCUCCAGCACUGAUCAGAACGGCACCUUCUCUCUCGACGAAGACUACACCAGCUCCGCUUCCAAAUCCACGGGAACCCAAAGCCCGGUGGCUAUUCUCAUCGGCGACAGCAUCGCGGUCGAGAAGGAUUCCGACGACCCAUACGAGGAUUUUCGGGGAUCGAUGGUUGAGAUGAUAGUGGAGAAGAGAAUUUACUCUCCCAACGGCCUUCAAGAGCUUCUGAAUUGCUUCCUCCAUCUCAAUUCUCCUUACCACACGAAAUAA